AUGGGGCUGGAGACCGAGAAGGCGGACGUCCAGCUCUUCGUGGACUACGACGUCUACAGCCGCCAUAGCGGCAUCGACUACGGCGACCCCGAGAAGGUCGCCGACUUGGGUAUGGACAGGGAUCCUCACCGGCUCAACUCGCAUCCCCAGCUAGGUUUCGAGGAUGUGAUCGCGGAGCCGGUCUCUACGCACUCCUUAGACAAGGUGUGGAUCUGUAGCCAUGCGCUGUUUGAAAUCAGCAAAUACCUGAUGUACAAGUUCCUGACGGUGUUCCUGGCGAUUCCCCUGGCCUUCACUGCGGGAAUCCUGUUUGCCACCCUCAGCUGUCUGCAUAUCUGGAUUCUAAUGCCGUUUGUAAAGACCUGCCUAAUGGUCCUGCCUUCAGUGCAGACAAUAUGGAAGAGUGUGACAGAUGUUGCCAUUGGCCCAUUGUGUACAAGUGCAGGACGCAUCUUCUCUUCUGUCAGCCUGCAGCUGAGCCACGACUGAACACUUCCACACCAGGUCUGGAGAUUUGGAAACUGUAAUACUUCUUUGUUAUUGUAACAUAGAAGCACUACUGUUCCGUUCAUUUCCCAAUUGUUCUAAUUAAGAAAACUAUUCGGAUGGGCAACCAUGUUUAGACAUUUUUAUUGGCAGAUCUUUUCAAAUAAUCUUUUAUAAUUAAUAGC